CGCCACUGUUUACCCCACACUUUACCGCUCUGCUCGCGGUGUCUUGAACACGGUGUAUAAGAAAUCGGAGCCGCGGCUCCACUCAGUUACUAGGAUGACGAGACCUCCCGCGGGGCUGCAUUCCGCUAAGCCGGGAGCGCGGCACUCAGCACUGUGAAACGGGGUAAAGGGGGUACAAAGGGGUGAAGAGCAACGAGCUCUCUGAUUGUCCCUCUCCGCACCGACCGCCCCGCGAGCGCGGCGAGCAGCUUCCACCAGCUUCCUCCGUCGUCAUCAGCGGACAUCGGGAACCCGGUUCGGGUUCGAGCCGGGCGUCGAAAUAGAGGAGUGCGACCGGCAGGAUUCUGACUGUGGGAGAGUGUGUGUCAGAGGACAUGGAGGCGGUGGAAAAGGAGUGCAGCGCGCUGGGGGGUCUCUUCCAAGCCAUCGUCAACGACAUGAAGUGCUCAUACCCAGUGUGGGAGGACUUCAGUGCUAAGGCCACGAAGCUGCAUGCGCAGCUCAGGACAACAGUGCUGGCAACCGUGGCCUUCCUGGAUGCCUUUCAGAAGGUGGCGGACAUGGCGACCAACACUAGAGGUGCCACCAGGGACAUCGGCUCAGCGCUGACGCGCAUGUGCAUGCGACACCGCAGCAUUGAGACCAAGCUGCGCCUCUUCACCAAUGCCUUGAUGGAGAGCCUCAUCACUCCCCUCCAGGACCGCAUUGAGGAGUGGAAGAAGACUGCCAACCAGUUGGACAAGGACCAUGCCAAAGAGUAUAAGCGAUCCCGGCAGGAGAUCAAGAAGAAGUCCUCAGACACACUAAAACUGCAGAAGAAGGCCAGGAAAGAAGCCACAGGGCGGGGUGACCUGCAACCGCAGCUGGACAGUGCCAUGCAGGAUGUCAGUGACAUGUGUCUACUGAUGGAGGAGACGGAGAAGCAGGCGGUGCGCCGUGCCAUGGUAGAGGAGAGAGGACGCUUCUGCACCUUCAUCAGCUUCCUGCAGCCUGUGGUGAAUGGGGAGAUUGCCCUGCUGGCUGAGAUCACCCAUCUUCAGGCCAUUAUCGAUGACCUUACUGUGCUGACCUCUGACCCCCACAGACUGCCCCCUGCCAGUGAGCAGGUGAUAAAGGACCUGACGGGUUCGGACUACAGCUGGUCCUACCAGACCCCGCCCUCAUCCCCCAGUAGCUCGGGUUCCAGGAAGAGCAGCAUGUGCAGUUUGGCCCAGCCACCACCUGGGGGCACUCACCGCCACAGCACUGUCUCCUCCCAUGACUCUGGCUUCGCUUCCCAGGACCCCAACAUGUACUCAAAGUCUCCGUCGCCCAUGCCCUCGGACCUCACCAGCCAGCAGAAGUCAUCGAGCUCCGCAUCUUCAGAGGCAUCGGAGACCUGCCAGUCCAUCAGCGAGUGCAGCUCACCCACUGCGUUUGGCUCUGCCUUUGCUACCUUCCGCCCUGCCCUCUCACACGCUGGCUCCACCCGGCCCCUCUCUGUCCCACUUCCUGCGUCCCCACCCUAUAAACGCUCCCCUGGAUCCAACACCUCUUCUCCCACAUCCAAGAUUCCCUGCUGGAAGGAUUGGUCCAAAGUGGGUACCUAUGAGCAGCCGUUGGUCAACACUCUACAGAGGAGGAAGGACACCUUGGAGCGUCCCAGAGAGCCAGAGGGACCUGCCAUUGCUCAGAGUUAUGCUGGAAUACACCCGGAGGAAGCUCACAGGCCCAGGAUGACCCCAGCUUCAAUUGCUGCCAAGCACGGCGAGGAGGUGUCGCCAGCUGCCACUGACCUGGCUGUGGUGCUGACCCGUGGACUCAGUGUGGAGCAGAAGAACAGCCGGGACUCUCUCCAGCUCUCCAGCGGCUACAGCACCCAGAGCACAACCCCAUGCUGCUCUGAGGACACCAUCCCAUCGCAAGUAUCUGACUACGACUGCUGCUCCGUGAAUGGAGACGCCGAGGGCGAGGUGCAGACAGACUUUGACAAGUCCUCUACGAUCCCUCGCCACAGCAACAUUGCACAGAACUACCGGCGCAUGAUCCAGACGAAGCGUCCGGCCAGCACGGCAGGCCUGCCCAGCGGAACAGGCAACCAAGGUGGAGGGGGCUCAGGGACCCCAGGGACAGCCACCAUCCGCAGGACGCCAUCCACCAAGCCCGGCGUGCGCCGCACUCUGUCCAGCGCCGGCCCUAUCCCCAUCCGGCCGCCCAUCGUGCCCGUGAGGACACCCAUGGUGCCCGACUCACCAGGCAUUGGUGGGCUGCCGGUGCGAGUGGGCAGUGAAGAGUGUGUCUACUAUGCUGAUGAUGCCACGGGCAGUAUGCUGGACUAUAGCAAGGCCUCACCCAAACGUCUGAGCCUCCCCAACACGGCGUGGGGUGGUGCAGAGAUGAGCGUGUAUGGGCAGCCCCCCGAGGAGGACCAGCUGCUGGCCGCCAACCGCCACAGCCUGGUGGAGCAGAUCGGCGAGCUGGCAGCCAGUGCCCGUGCCCUGGGGGAGGGCCAGUUCCCGUUCCCGUCAACGGCUGACGAGCCGCCACCACCACACCCCACUCCUCCCCAUAGUUCCCUGCCCACUGAGAGUGAGGACAUGCUGGUGUCUAUCCGUCGAGGGGUGCGACUGCGCAAGACCUUCUCCAAUGACAGGUCGGCACCCAGGAUUUUGUGACGGCACCCCUUAGAAGAGCAACUGCCUACUCCAAGGAGCCUCAGUCUCAAGAGAAGAUUAACAAUAUACAUAUGUAAUUAAAUGCAACAUGAAAGCAUUAGCUAAAUUUGAGCAACUAUGAUGUUGUAUGUUUGGAUGCAUGUUUGGUCAUCAGCUCCUCCACUGGAUGCCCAGAGGUGUUGGAAUGCUUGCUGGAGCUGCGCUGUGAUCCCUGAUCCCUGACCCCUGACCCCUCAGGAGAGUCGUUGCCAGGUUGUGGAAUUCUGGGAAAUGAAUCAAGUGUGUGAGGUGGGGGCUAUAAAGGGGCACUGCUGCAGGUCAGCUGGUGGAUUCUCCUGGGGUUUUUCUGCUGCUGGGAUAGACCUCUUGUUUGGGGACGCAACGAUGUCUCAUAGUUCUCGUCUCUACAUUUUAGAGCUGUGUAAAAAGGAUAAUAUUGUGUUACUCAGUCAUAAAAUAUUAAAACAUUUAAAAUAAUAGGCCAGGCAUAUAUUUUUAGAAGCACAGUGAAAAAGAAUAAGUAUGAAAUCAUGCAAUAACUGAGCGUGAGGAGAAGCAAGUGAUGACACCCAGUAAAUUACCAUGGUGACCACAUUACUGACCAUGUGACUAGAUGCAGUAAAGUCUGCGUGGAAGCAAAUCCAGAUGAAAAUGAACCGAAUUUGCCGUGUUUCACACGUCAGAGAUGGACUCACGUGGAUGAGACAGUGGAAGAAGUUGAAAGUGAUGGAAGAGGAGAGGAGCAGGAAGCCAAAGCAGGUGCGGCAUGAAGUUGUAAAGCUGGAGUGUGUUGUUUUCAUUUGCGACAAAGGGGGCCAUGCUGAGGAGAUGCUGUAAAUGGAAUCUCCUCAGCAUGGCCCCCUUCGUUGCAAAUGGCAGGAGGAGACUGGUGGACAUGCAUAAGACACUAGUGAUGUACAUAAUUUACAUGGGCAAGCAAUACUUUUAUUUCGUUAUAGCAGAUGGCAAAUGCUUCUGAUGAUGUUCUUUCUGUACUCUCUGGGAGCUUGGCUGCUGCACUGUGAUUGGAUGCUUGUGAGUGGGAGGGACUGGGGAUGGGGAAAUAGGUGGGGAGUGAUGAGGACCAGCAGGGUCAGGAGUGGAGCUAGCGGUCAGUAGGGAGGAGGCA